UAUUUGCUCAAAAUAAUGCUACUAUAUGUUUGUGAGAAGAGCUUAGUGUGCAUCUGUAAAGGAAUGUGGCAAGCAAAACGUCUACGCAGUGUCGCGUAACCCUCUCAGGUCACCUCGCGAACAACGUAGCCGAUAUGUAGACCGAAGCACCCCGCCCCCCACGGUGAGACCGUUGGAAAGCCUAACAAUACGUGCUGGGGACGAGCUCUGCCUGAAGGUCCACGAGGGCCGUGCAAAAGAGGUCCUCGGACCCCCCGCGUAUGCAACGAGCGACCGAAACACUAAAGUGUCCCUGCAACAGCGGUACCGUGCGUCAACAGUAGCGACAGCGUGAAAUGGAGACCGUGCACAAAGGUCCCACGCCACGUUAAAGGUCACGUGCGGUAAGACGAGAGGCGGCUGCUAAAAAAAGAAAGGGGCCGCUCGCUGGCAGAACGCGGACGGCUCGUCGCGGCUCUGCAAACGGGAAACUUGUCUUCGCGGAGACGUUCGCUCCCGGGAACGUCUCAAAGUUUCCGUCAUGGCGGACGCGGCGGGAUGGGACGAUUAUUCGGCGUACGGCGACCUGAGCGACGACGAGCUGCUGCGGCUCGCCGUCGAGCGCAGCCUGCUGGACGCCCCCGCCGAGCCCGCCGCGGGCCUGCGGCCUCCUGACCUGAAGGUCAACAAAGUUCAACGAGUUGCAUCUGAGCAGCAAGGCCCCGCCCACUACAGCUCGCCAAACCCGCCGAGACAAAAGCCCCCCGACGUAAAGACUUUCGAGGGCAGCGUCAGCCCUUUCACCACCGGCGCCGGGAAGAAGAUGUUGGCUUUCCGCAAAUGGGACGGCACUUUGGUCCACGUCGGGCCAGAGCUUCAGGAGAAGGAGGAGCCCCUGUUCCAAGCGAUCCGCGCGGGCGACGUGGCUCACCUGAAGGCUCUGAUGGCGUCUUCCGGAACCGACCCGAUGCCGCCGGGCUGGCUGGCCGUCCACCAGGCGGCGUUUUACGGCCAGGAGGCGUGCCUCAGGGUCCUUCUGUCGGCCCAGCCGGGGACGGUCAACAAGCGCAGCGAGCACGGCGAGACGUCGCUGCUGGUGGCCGUCGGCAGGGAGCAUCCGCCGUGCGCUCGACUUCUGCUGGAGAACGCCGCCGAUCCCGACGCCGCCAACCGGGAUCGCGAGACUCCGCUGUACAAAGCCUGCGAGAGGGACAACCCGGCGCUGGUGGCGCUCUUGCUCAAUCACGGAGCGGCGGUCGACGCCAAGUGCUUCCAGGGCUGGACGGCCCUGCACGAGGCCGCGUGCCGCAACAACGUGGAGAUCUGCCAGAUGCUCCUGAAGGCUGGCGGCAAACACAGCCCAAAAGACAAUUACGGCAUCACGCCGUUGUUCACCGCGGCUCAGAGCGGACAAGUCGCCUCUCUGCGUCUCCUGGUCAAACACGGCGCAGACAUCAACAGUCAAGCUGCAGACGGAGCGACGGCUCUCCACGAAGCCGCUAAGAACGGCCACGCCGACGUCGUGGAGUUCCUCCUUUCCCAGGAAGCGGACGCCAACAUCGCAGGGAAGGCGGGACUGCUGCCGCUGCACAUCGCCGCCCGCAAAGGAAGCGACACCGUCGUGUCCAUGUUGAUGCCGGCCACCAGCAAGACGAGAGUCCGCCGCGCCGGCAUCAGUCCGCUCCACGUGGCCGCCGAGCACAACCGGGACGACGUCCUGGAGACGCUGAUCCGGGCCGGGUUCGACGUCAACGCCCAGCUGUGCGAAGAGCGCUCCAGACUGUACGAGGACCGGCGCAGCACGCCGCUCUACUUGGCCGUCGUCAACUACAACGUGGACAACGUUCGCGCGCUGCUGGACGCCGGCGCCGAUCCCAACCUGGACGUGUUCGGGCCGCUCCUGGUGGCGGCGAGGCAAGGCUGCAUCGAGAACGUCACGCUGUUGGUGGAGGGCGGCGCCGACAUUAACGCUCGCGUCCCCACCCACCCCACCACCUUCCCCGCCAUCUUUAUGUUGGCCAUGAAGUACCUGCCCAUGUUCAAGUACCUGCUGGACAACGGCGGCGACGCCCUCUCCUGCUUCGACUGCGUGUACGGGAACGGCCCGCACCCGCCGCUCCAAACCACUAGGUCGCACCCGGGUCACCUGGGCUUCAUCGAAGGACAGCGUCCGCCCGUCGGGGUGACGCGAGGCGUUCAGUUCUGCGAAAUGAUCUCGGCCCCCGGCAUCAGCCGGUGGGCGGGGCCUAUCAUCGACGUGCUGCUGGACUACGUGGGUCACGUGCGCCUCUGCUCUCGCCUGCUCGACCACUUGGACAGUUUCGACGACUGGAGCGUCAUUAAAGACAAAGCCGCUUUGCCGAGGCGGCUGCUGCAGCUGUGUCGCGUGCGCGUCGUGCAGGUGGUCGGGCGGCGGCGCUUGAAGAGUUUGCCGCUCCCCGCGAGCCUCGUCCGCUUCCUGCAGCACCGGGAAGCUUCUGUGGAUUUCUGAACGCGGAUGCUGUUGUUUUUGUCGUCUGAAAUGUAAACGCAGUCGCUCGCCGUCGCCUUCUCUGGCAACGACGACCUUCCCAACAUGGCCCCCACGUAGGCACGUGCAGUAGCCGGGCUGGCGUAUCUCGUUUUUAUAGCUAUGCCCGCGAAGCCCAAUAGAAGACGACGUGCGCGGUCAUGUGACUGUCUUGUAUCGUUCGAUUGGUGAACUAGCGUUAAACGUCACAAGCGGUUACGUUGUAUCGGCGUAAACAGCGCCCAAUGCGGAAGUUGUAGUCUAAACAGAUCGCACACUGAAAAAAAACCAAACAAAACUGAUAAAUAAGCAAUAAUUGAUCAAGAAAAGUUGCGGAGCUGCGUAAAAGUACCGUGUCUUAACAUAAAUACUCAAGUAAAAGUAAAACGUAUGCUGCAUUAAAACUACUCUCACAAGUACAAUUUAUCCAAAAUGCUACUAGAGUAACUUGUCGCGGAGUAAAUGUAGCGCGUUUCUACGCAUCUCUGCUCCCUGGUCAGGAUUUCAUGUUCUCAAUAAAUGCGAUGAAAGACACACUAAAAGUGGUCUAGGAGCGCCCCUGCACACAAGCUGUUCCUCAGCCCAUUUUUUUUUGCUUUGACUUGCGAGCGCAAACCUUUUGCAUUGAUAGUUAGCCGUUUAGCUUGCAAUGGAAGAUGGAAAAAAGCAAGCCGCCAACAAUCCAUUUUCUGUACGGCUUCUCCUCACGCGGGUCGCGGGCGUGCUGGAGCCCAUCCCAGGUAUCUUCGGACGAGAGGCAGGGUACGCCCUCAACUGGGCGCCAGCCAAUCGCGGGGCACGUAAACACAAACAACCAGUCACACCUCCGGGCAAUUUAGAGUCUUCAAUCCGUGCAUGUUUUUGGGAUGUGGGAGGAAAGCGGAGUACCCGGAGAAAAGCCACGCAGGCAUGCGAAGAACAUGCAAACUUCACACAGGCGGGGCCGGGAUUUGAACCCCGGUCCUCAGCACUGUGGAGCAGAUGUCGUCCCCCAGCAGCUGCCAUCAUUUUCAAAAUUGGAACAAAUAAAGGCUUGAACUAUU